AUGGAAAAUACUAAUGAGGAAUUUUGCUGUAAUGGGCAACAAAUCGAACUAUUGGAUGCACAACUUACGCUACCACGUCAAUUUCUGGGACGUUGUCCAAGUUGCUUAACUAAUUUCAUUCAGUUAUGGUGUGAUUUUACGUGUUCUCCGAAUCAAGCUAAUUUCCUACGUGUUAUAGAAUCUGCCAACGAUUCAUAUCUUUUGAAAGAUAAGGAGCAGUAUGUUGCAAAAACCGAAUAUUAUAUAAGGGAUAGUUAUGCAGAUGGUUUAUUUGAGUCUUGCAAGAAUGUCCGAGCAGCAGGGACAGAUUAUGCGUUAAGUUUUAUGUGUGGCAUGAGCAUUACGGAAUGUGAUAUAAAUCGGUGGUUGACGUUUUUAGGUACUUAUAAUGAAGACAUUGGAGUACCUAUUGAUAUUACGUUUACUAUCACGUCUUUGGAUAUGAUAUCUAUAGAAUCAAAUGCUUUAAAUAAAACAAGUUUGGAUAUUAUACCACCAAAUACACGUGUAUAUACGUGUUCAGAACCUGCUAAUCCUCGUGGUUCUCCAUGUUCAUGUCAAGAUUGUACUGAGUCUUGUAUUGCUGAAUUACCUUUUCCUAUAAUUAAACAGGAAAAGUGUCAAAUUGCAUCAUUUGAUUGUAUGCUAAUUUUAUCCUUAUUUGGAUUCUGUGGAUUAUGUUUUGCGGUGCUAUUUUUUGCAGUAAUGCAUUAUAGUAUGAAAAAAGACGGAGAUUGUGAUUUGAGUGAUUUUAAGCCAGCUGGUGGAACUUUAGAUGAUACUGAUCUGGGUGCUAUUGAUACUUUAGGAUUGUGGAUCGAAUCACAACUUGAACUUAUUUGCACUAAUUACGGAGAAUUUUGUGUAAAUCAUUCGUUUGUUGUAUUUGGUUUUGGCAUAUCAGUCGCUGUACUUUGCUCGAGUGGAAUGUUUUUUGUAAGAUUUACAACAGAUCCAGUAGAACUUUGGUCAUCUUUGGCAAGUCGAGCAAGAAAUGAAAAACAAUAUUUUGAUAACGAAUUUGGUCCAUUCUAUCGAACUGAACAAAUAAUUAUGUAUCCAAAAGAUCAGUCAUUUUGGUCGCAUGAAAAUCAGUCUGAUAUAUUUGAAAUUGGCUGGUAUGGGCCAGCAUUGCGGAAAACAUUCAUUCAACAAGCAGCAAAAUUGCAAGAAGAAGUAACAAAUUUGGUCGCUAUAGCAGAUGAUGGCUUUCAAGUAAGGCUUCAAGAUGUAUGUUAUAAACCAAUGGAACCUGAUAAUCAACAUUGUGCCAUUAUGACAGUAUUAAAUUACUUUCAAAAUAAUCGAACGUUCAUUGAUAAAAGUAGCGAUGAUAUUUGGACGGGACAUCAAUUUGAUUAUCUUGAUCACAUUAUGGCAUGUGUUCAAAAUCCGUAUAAAACUGUAACAGAUCUUGGUAUUUCUUGUUUAUCAGCUUUUGGUGUACCGAUUCAACCAUAUGUCAUACUUGGUGAUUUUAAUAGUACUAAUCAGUGGGAUAGUGCGCGAGGUAUAGUAAUCACAAUUCUUCUCAAUAAUCAUGUCACAUCAACUGAUAACAGAUAUGCUGCUGCUUGGGAGAAAGCAUUUGUCCGUUAUCUUCGAAACAUUUCGCACCAAAAUUAUACAAUAUCGUUCAUGAGUGAACGUUCAAUUCAGGAUGAAAUAGAACGAGAAAGUCAGUCGGACAUAUUUACUGUAUUAAUAAGUUAUGUAUUCAUGUUUGCUUAUGUUGCAUUUGCUUUAGGACAAUAUCAGGUUACUGGGAAUAAUUUAGCAACGCUGUUAAUUCAUUCGAAGAUAAUGCUAGGUGUGGCAGGUGUAGCAAUUGUAGCAUUAUCAGUUACAUCAUCUAUUGGUUUAUAUGCAUUUUAUGGAAUCCCCGCGACGAUGAUUGUUCUCGAAGUACAGCCAUUUUUGGUUUUAGCGGUUGGAGUGGAUAAUAUUUUUAUUUUUAUCCAAGCUUAUCAGAGAGCAGAAGAACCUUUGUCAGAACCCUUACAUCUGAGAAUAUCUCGUAUCAGUGGUGAAGUGAUACCAGCAAUGCUUUUAUCAUCGUUAUCUGAAUGCUUGUGUCUUUUUGUUGGAGCGUUAUCAUCUAUGCCUGCUGUCAAGGUAUUUUCGUUGUACGCCGCUUUAGCAAUAUUUUUCAAUUUCUUUUUACAAAUUACGUGUUUUCUGGCUAUAUUCAUUUUCGAUGUUAAACGAGAAGAGAAUGGACGACUUGAAGUUUGUUGCUGUCGUCAGAUAACAACUACAGAGAAUGUUAAUAGCGAUGGUUAUAUUUUAUAUUUAUUCAGUAAUUAUUAUGCACCAUUUAUUUUAUCAAAAUAUGUUCGAAUAAUUGUGGUAUUUUUAUUUGUUGGAUGGCUUAGCAGCUCUUUUGCUGUCUUAAGUAAUAUUCCACUUGGAUUAGAUCAAAAAAUGGCUGUUCCUGAGGAUUCAUAUGUUUAUUUUCAUUUUAAAUCAAUGGACCGAUUUUUAUCAGUAGGACCACCAGUAUAUUUUGUUGUCAAAGGUGAUAUGCAGAUUAAUGAUCCAUAUGAAAUAAAUAAAAUAUGUUCUGGUGCUGGUUGUGCUUCAGAUUCUUUAGGUGCGCAAAUUGCGCAUGCCUCUCGAUGGUCAAAUAGAUCACAUAUAGCAUAUCCAGCGAUCAGUUGGCUUGAUGAUUAUCUGGAUUGGUUACAACCAUUGGGUGAUCCACCUUGUUGUCGUUUAUUUACAAAUCAGACGUUUUGCCCAGCUACUGAAAAUUCGCCAAAUUGUGUUUCUUGCAAUGUGGAAUUUCAAGAUUAUCGACCACGUUCUGAUUUAUUUUACACUUAUCUUCCGCAUUAUUUUUCUAAUAAUCCAAGUAGCAAGUGUGUCAAGGGUGGUCGUGCAGCAUAUAGUUCUGCAGUGAAAUUAUCCAGAAGUGGACGUGUAAUGUCAUCGCAUUUUAUGACAUAUCAUACGGUUUUGAAAACUUCAUCUGAUUUUAUUAAUGCAAUGGCAAGCGCACGUCAAAUCGCAGAUAAUAUCACAUUUAUGCUAAACAGUGAACGUAGUGAGCGAUGUCAAAUAGAAGUAUUUCCAUACAGCAAAUUUUACGUUUUUUACGAGCAGUAUACAACGAUAGUAAUGGAUGCAUGCAUUCAAUUAAUACUUUCAUUAGUAGUCAUAUUUGGAGUGACAACUGUACUCCUUGGACUUGACCCAUGGUCAGCUUUCAUCAUUGACCUUACUAUAAGUUGUGUUUUGUUCAACUUAAUUGGUCUUAUGUAUUGGUGGAGUAUUGAUUUUAAUGCUAUUUCGGUGGCUGUUGGAAUAUCAGUAGAAUUUUGUUCACAUAUUGUUCGAUCAUUCGCCCUUAGUGUUCAUAGAGAUCGUACAAUGCGUGCACGACAUUCAUUAGCUACUAUGGGAUCAUCGGUGCUUUCUGGUAUAACACUGACAAAAUUUGGUGGAAUAUUAGUACUUGCAUUUGCGCAUUCCCAAAUUUUCAAAAUAUUUUACUUUCGUAUGUUUUUGGGUAUUGUGCUCAUUGGCGCAGCUCACGGACCACCUGUCAACAAACGUAAACUUAUAGCAAAAACUCGAUCUGAAAGUUGUUGUGUAAGUGAUUGUGGUGGUACAAUGACUAAACAGUGUAAUCCUUCGGCACUUAAGAAUGUCUUUUAA